CGAAAAUAAGAUGGAAUAAAUCAAUCCAAUUUGCGUCCCUGACUCGGCGGAAAUGUGUCGCUGUCAGACUUGAAAACGGCUGAUUGCUCGGCCUAUUUAAUAGCCUAUCCUCGGCCCCUUUUUUAUACUUAUACAGUUGGAAACCCACGCGGCCCUGUGCGAUAUUAUCUUGCGCUCGAGUGGCCACUGUAACGACUCAAAAUGUUGCAUAACCUCAGCAUCUCGGCCCUCAGCGCCUUCGCCCUCCUCCUCUCAACCCCAGCGUCUGCCUUGCUCAAACCCACCGGGCCGGGUCCCAACGCAUGCGGCAACCUCACACAAACCCUGGGCAAAAAAACCGUCGUCUCCAGCAUCCUCAGCAUCGACUACAUCCGCACGAUAACCUCCUAUUUCAACACAGAGCAAAGCAAAUACAAACCCAGCUGCAUCGUAUACCCCACAAGCGCCGAAGACGUCUCCAUCGCAAUCAAGGCAAUCCGCGCCUCGGACUCGCGCUUCGCGAUCAAGGCCGGCGGCCACAACCCCAAUGACUUCUUCUCCUCCGUCGACAAGGGGGUUCUCAUCGAUCUGACCGAGUUGAAUGCGAAAUCGUACGACCCCGCCACGGAGCUCGCGACGUAUGGGCCUGGGGGCACGUUCGGGGACGUCUAUGAGUACUUCCUGCAGUGGAACCGGACGGUCGUGGGUGCGCGCCUUGCGGGUGUAGGCACUGGCCUCGCGCUUUCCGGCGGGUUGUCGUAUCUCUCGAGCCAGUACGGACUCGCAUGCGACUCCUUCCGCGAGCUCGAGGUCGUCCUCCCUUCCGGGGAAAUCGUCAUCGCGUCCGAGACCCAGAACCCAGACCUCUUCUACGGUCUCCGUGGCGGGGGCGGGAAUGCCUACGGCGUCGUGACGAGAUACACAGUCCAAUCGCACCCGGCGGGGACAUUCUACGCGGGGAUCGUUGUGUAUCUCUUCCAGCAGAACCCGGCUGUUCUGGACGCAAUCAGCGACUUUAUUCAGUACAACGAGGACCCCAAGGCUGCCAUUAUCGGCACGUACAUGAAGCUCCCUACCCCGGAUCUGAAUCUGAACCUCGACGAGGCGAUUGUCAUGUUCCUUGUGUAUGAUGGCGAGGAUGACAAGGGGGCUUUUAAGAACUUUACGGAUACCCCGCACCUGGUUAACACACUCGGACACCUGGAUUAUAACGGUGUCGUGAACAUGCCGAUUCCGGGGAGCGCCGAGGUGAGCAAGGGCCGGAACACAUUCCGGGUUACAGUUCAGCAAGGAACAGACGCGGGAAUUGACACGUUGGCCACUCUCUACGCCAAAUGGCGCGAAUGGGGCAACAACAACAAGGGCAAAUACCUCCUCACAUCGUUGGACAUCCAACCAGUCCCGAAAUCGCUAACCGACGCCUCAAACGCAAACUUCGGCGGCAACGCAAUGCAGAUGCCCGAUGGGCCGUGGUACUGGGUCAACUACCUGCUCACGGCGUCGCCGCUGCUUUCGGACAAGGCGCUCAAGGAGGCGCAGGCGAGCUUCAAGGAGCUUGUUGAGGCUCUCCCGCCGGCUGAGGGGUUACCGCUGUUUAUUAAUGAUGCGACGUACGAUCAGAAUCCGUUGGUUACGUAUGGCGGGUAUGAGAAGCUGAAGACGCUCAAGGCCAAGGUUGAUGGGGAUGGGUUCUUUAGUACUCAUACUGGGGGGUGGACUUUUCCUUGAUUCCAGUGAUUGAUUUAGCCGCUGUUGGAUCGGUAAUUGGUUCAGAGUGGAUGCGUGUAUAUAGUAGUUAGUUG